AAUUGUUAUCGGAAGUGACGUCACUCCCCCGGCCUCCAAUCAAUAAUGUCUCCGGGGGGUGGGGCGGGGCGCUAGUUGCCAUGGUAUCGGACGCGUAGCUCCUUUCUUGCGGUCCUCCUCGACUCCCUAGUGGAGACGCGGCAGGAGCCUCCGCGCCAGCCAUGAGCAGCCUGCCGGCCGGGCGAAAACUCAGCCUGUCCCCGCACAUCCUAGAGCUCCUGGCGCUGCCCUGCUGCCUGGAGGAGCUGGAGGCCGAGUGCCGGUCUUCCAUUUCAGAUGACUUAAAAGUAGGCUAUUUUAUCACAGAUCAUGCCACUCAAACAGAUAUCACAGAAUUAGUAGAACUAAAGGAGCUUACUACUACUACACAAGCCCUAGUACAGUUCACUGACUCCAUCCAGCAAGAUUUUAUGAUCUAUAAAAAUAUCCUUCAAGCACAGUAUGAGGAAAAAAUCCAAGAGCAGGCUUCGAAUCUCUGUAGACACAUAAAUGACAGACUGAGAGACAUAGAAGCUUUUCAUAAACAGAAAGAAGUCAAAAUUCGACAAAGCUACCAACAGCAGCUAUGUGAUGCACUUGCUGUUCUCAGGGUAGAUUAUGAGAAAAAUUAUCGCAUACAGGAAGAUGCAGAUUCCUCAUUAGCAGCGAGUUGGCAGGUUUUGAUUAAGACGCUCCAGGAGAAAGAGUCUAAAAUUCAAAAAUUAGAAGCAGAAUUACAAGAAUAUCAGGAAAGUGAAGAUACAAAAAUGAUUAUUUUUGACAACGAUGAUGACAAUGAAAAAAAUAUGCUCGAAAAAGAAAAUGAGGAUUUCAGAGAAGAGGUUUCUAGACUACUUGAUAGGAUUGCACAUCUUGAAGAGUCUCUGAAACGCAGUGAAAAAGAAAAUAAUAAAUUAGAUAAGGAGGUUCGAGGUAUGCAAUUAAAAAUGGAAAAAGAUGAGAAAACUGUUCAAAAGUUAAUUGAAGCUCAAGAAAAAAUAAACAUGGAACUUGAGAAGGAGAGGUCAUUAAAUCAAAGUAUGCUCAGAGAACAAAAAGACAUUGAAACAAAAGUGGAAAAGAAGUUACCUGACCUACAGGAAAAGAUUCCAGCAUUGAAAGAAAAAGAUACCAAAAAAAAGAAGGAGCCAGUGAAAAGUGAAAUUAGAGUGCCUCAUGAGAGCAGAGAAUCACAAAAUGGAUAUCACAAGCAGCAACAGAAGAAGAGUCCUAGUUAUAAGGAAGCAGAAAAAAGAGCAUUACUUGCUGAAAUUGAGAAGCUGAAGAUAUCUGAAGGUCAAGAGAAGCAACACAUACAAAGUCUUAAAAAUGAAGUUGAACAAAUUAACCGAAGCUGGGCAAAGAAAUUCCAAAUUCUAAAGAAAAGCCUGCAUGCCAUUAAGGAUGAGAUGUUUCUUAGACAUACUUUGUACCGUCAGGCAGCAGCAUUUAACCAUGCAUCCCUCAAUCAACCCCUUGCUGUUCCUCUCUAUAUUGAAACUGGUGCAAGCCAAAUAAAUGAACGAAGGGGUGGUUUAUAUUUCCCUUUUUCACCAUUGCCCCAGAUACGUUCCCAGUCUACUGCAGCGAUGGAAGAAACAGAUCUUAAUAUUGUAAAAAUUCCAACUGGAACAGAAAUGUGCUGUUUGUAUGAAGAUGUUUCUGGGGAUGAAGAAUUUGUUGGGGGUCCUCCUUUUCCUUCACCUCCGUCCACGUUAACUUGACAAUUGGAGCAGUGCCUUCUGUGGGGAGAGGCAGAGAGAGAGCAGGAUCGCAAGGAAAUAAAUGCUCAUAGGUCUUCAUAUGGUCCCGGAAAUGUUUCUCUGUGUUGCCUCGCUAGGAAUCUGUGAACACUUUGAUUCUCCAAAGUAAGGUAGUGUAUAUUUGAAGUUAAUGACAGGAAUUUAAAGAAGCAACUCUCCCACCUGCACGCUUUCCUUUCUUGAAGUUCUAGGUGAUGAUCAGAAUGGGGAUAUGAACGUGUAUCCGAUGACAUUCCAUCUUGGCUCCAUAUUUGUUCCAUGCAUGGCCUGAUUCGCAGUUCUACUUUUUUUUAAGAGCAAAGUUUUAUUCUGAGUAAAGACUGGACUUCAAUCAAAUACACCACCAGCCUUGUUUAGAAACUCCUACAUUACACCACAUGAACGUUAAGUACCUUGCUUUAACUGAUAGUUUGAUUUAAGAGCUAGUCCUUAAACUGAGCAAGCAUAAACGGCUGGAAGUACAAGGCUUUGAUUGCAAGCUUUUGAACCAUAAGCAGAACCCGAUCUUGACGCCUGUAAUGACGUCAGUAGCUCCAUCGAGUUUAAUAAAACUUAGAGAGAAGACAGACUGCAUGAUUUGUCCCUUAGAUUCUGCCUAGCCCAAUAGCUGGAGUGAGUUUAGUGGCAUUGAUGUUUUAUGGGCUAUUGAUUCAUAUUUUCUUUUUCUUAUUCAUUGACAUCUCUAUUUUCAACGCUAUCCAAAGGGACUUAAAUUAUACAAAUUAAAACAUUGCCAUAGUUACCAUGAACUGGUAGUUUGAGAAAUGACAAGUUACCAGCCAAUAGUCUAAGCAAAUCUGUGUGUGUAUCAUAGAUGUGUGUUUAAGGUGUUGUAUAAAUAUAUAAUAUUGUGUUUUAAAAUACUGGCCAAUAAAUGUAAAAGCGCUAAUUUCCUAAAGUCGUUGUGAAAAGCUUUCCGUCCUACCUUUCUUUGACGACUACCAAAGCAAACUAAGAACUGCUUGCUAGUGUCAUUAAUAAUCGACUGCGUUCAGUACAUAAUUUUCAUUUCCAUUGAUCUGUUUUGCAAUUUGAUUCAACUUCUCCUACAUGAACAACGUUAAGAGGUUCAUCAUUUAUGCUGGGCAAAACUUUCAUAAUACUUCGCAAAACUAUUCCUUAGAUCGCAGGAAAUAUGUUCCUUUUUGGUGUCCUGUAAAGCUGAAAUGUUUAACCCUGGGUGGAUAAUUUAGUAGAUGACUAAAAGACUGAAAAGGUUUAAUGGGAAAAAGCAGCCUUAUUUCCAUCCCAUGCCCAUAUAGUUGCACGCUGCAGUCCACCAUUAUUCGAGCUUCAUCUACUAUGCACUAUAUACCACCGUCUCCAAAGGAUUGUUGCCCUAGAAACGUGUUUUAAAUCUCCUGCUAUAUAUCAACACCUUGUUUUAGCAGUCCUUGGCUGAAUUACAGUUACACAGUUUGGCGCUUCUUUCAAAUUUCCUCCCAUCACUUUGGCCAAAGAAAGGAAUUUUUCUCCUUUAGAAAUGAAUUGGCUUAAUUAGUAAGUAGAUUAAUGGCAAUUGCUGGUGAGUUGGUUUCCAGCAGAGUUUCACCAGAGAGGGUUAAUCGGAGUCAGGUCUGGAAUCUUUCCCAGAACUGGCUGCCAGCCAUUUCCGUCAACCAAUCAACCCCAUAAACAAAUGCCCUACCAAGUGAAAUCGUGUUUAUAUUCUUACUGUCAUCCUGCUAGAGUAAUUUCCCCAAA